AUGUAGAAAAAUGAUCAAUCUAAAUAUCAAACACCUUAUCACUAUUAUGAGGAAUUAGAUAACAUAGAUGAGGAAAUGUUGUAGUUAUAGUUUACAGAUUGGUCUUGUAUACAGCAUGACAAAUAGAAAUCUUAGUAUGACUAAAAUAAAAAAUCUGAUAACAUAAAUCAAUUCUCUAAUCCAACUCAGUUUAACUAAUAUCAAGAAUCGAAUAUCAAAGAUCAAUCCAAAUUUUAAAGUUAAUAUAACUAAGGUCUAUAAUUUAAAAACAAAGAAUAAGAAUAGAACGAAAAAAUGAAUGAACAGAAAUUAUUGGAAAUCAUGGUAAGAUUUUAAAAACUAAUUGAUCAAUUUAAUAAGAAUAAAAAAUAAAAUAUGUCUGUUGUUUUAAUAGUUGGAGUAACAGGAUCUGGAAAAAGCACUAUUUUCAACUUCUUAAGUGGAGCAGAUUUUAUAUUUAAUCAUAAAUUAGAAUUAGAAGUUAAGAAUCCCUCAAAAAAUUUUUCUAAAAUGGCUUCAGGUAUGAACUCAAUCACAAAAGAACCAAAUUUUUAUUAUAAUGAAUUCAAUAAUCAUUUAAUUAUAGAUUUUCCUGGAUUCUAAGACACAAAUGGGGAACAAGAUUAAUUAUUGUUUGAACUUUUAUUUCAUAAGAUUGUUUCUUUAGGUCCAAUAAAGGUUAUUUAUGUAAUAAACAAUCCUUUAAAUAGUCUUCCAAAUAGAGGAUCAGAUCUUUAAGAAUUUAUCAACCAAUUCUGCUUAAAAGGAAAUAUUGAUAUCGAAAAAUAUAAUUUAUUCUUAAAUUGCUAUUUAGAAAACUUCAGUGAUAUUUAAUUGUAAAAUAAAAUAAAAGAGGAUUUAAGAGCUGUCAAUAAAUUAUAAUCAAUAGAUAAAAUACUUGUAUUAAGAAAGGCUUAAAAUAACAAUGAACUAUAAAAUAUUUUCAAUUAUAAAUAAAGAUAAAUUGUGUGGAAACAUAUUGAAUAAAUGUAAUCAAUUAAAAUUCAAUCUUAAAAACUACCUAAAAGCCAAAUGAUAAGUGAUUAUUUAAGAAAUAGCAUAACAAAAACUAUUGAAAAAUAUGGGAUUGUCUUGUCCGAAUUUUUUGAUAACAAAUUUUAAUAAUUAUCUAAUUUAUAAAAUCAGACAACAAUAGCAUCAAUGGAAAAAUUAUUGGAUUUAAUCAAUAAAAUAGAUAAGGAAUCAUCUUUUGAAUGGUAUACCAAAUAUAUUUAAACUUGUGAACAAUUGGCAAAAAGUCUUUCGAUAUAGGAUGAUAUAGUAACACGUAGCAAUAAUUUCAUUUAGAUAUUUAAAUAUUAUUCAUAAUUUUCUAAUCUUAUCCAGGGAUAUGAUGAUUUAAAAAUUUUAUAAAUUAUUGCCAAAGAUUAAUUAAAGAAUAUGAAUAAAUUAAUAAGUUAAAGACUUGAAAUUUUAUAAACAAAAGAAUAGCUAAAUAUGGUAAUUACUUAAUAAGAAGAAAAUAUGAUAGAGUUAAAUUCUAUAUUUGAAAACAAUAUUUAAGAGAUCAAUUCUUAAAUAGUUUAAUAAGAUUUAAAAAUUAAGAAUUAUGAAUAGUAAAUUUAACAACUUUAAACUUAAAACAAAGAUAGAACCUCAGAAAUAAAACUACUUAGUAAUCAACUGGAGGAAUAGAAAAAAAUAAAGAGCGCUUUAAAUUAAUAGCAAAUAUAAAAGGAAAAGUAGACAUAAGAAUUAGUAAAUAAGAUAAAUGAUUAAUCAGAAUAAAUAAAACAAAUGGAAAAUAGAAAUUUAUAAUUAAUCAAUUUAAUGAAUGAAUAACAUUAAUAGCAAACAACUUAAAUGAUGAAUUAAAUUUAAAACUUACAAAAUAGAGAACCUUAAACUAUCCAUCAUUAUCAUGAAACAACCAAAUGGUGUUAGAUAUUUUGA